CAUGAAGCACAACCUGUCUCGCGUCAAGCUCAUCCACAACCCUAACUACCAGCGCUCUGGUAUCAAAUCCUACGUCUACCUGCUCAGAAAGUACAACUUCGUCCCCACCCUUGAUGGACCUUACUUCAUCGGCAAUGCGGUCGAACAACUCGGCAAGCCCAUUCUGGCCAGCAAGUUCGCUGUUCAUAUCGGCGGCAAGGCUCGUGUCAAGCAGCACAUCCUGAUGAAGAAGGAUCCCAGCACUGGUCAUCAAGGCCAAGUCUCUGCCGAAGACCAGCAGAACGACUCUGAGUAUCUCUGUCAAGUUUCCAUCGGCACUCCUCCUCAGACACUGACCCUCGACUUCGACACGGGCUCUUCAGAUCUCUGGNGUCUGACCAUUCAGACUCAAGGCCAACGUGCUGGCCACACCAUNUUUGACCCAUCCAAGAGCAGCACCUGGAAGGAUUCUCAGGGCAGCACUUGGCAGAUCUCGUACGGAGACCAGUCGUCGGCAAGCGGUACUGUCGGUACUGAUGUUGUCACCGUCGGCGGUCUCGCAAUCCAGAACCAGGCCGUUGAAGUCGCCGACCAGAUCUCUGCUCAGUUCGUCCAGAGCGCUGGCGAUGGUCUUCUGGGUUUGGCUUGGGGCUCCAUCAACACAGUCCAGCCCACNCCCGUCGACACUCCGGUCGAGAACAUGAUCAGCCAGGACGACAUGUACAUAUUCACUUCCACUGCUGCAUCGUACUACUUUGCUGACAUUUGUCUACAGNNUCCCAAGGAUGCUGAGCUGUUCACCGCUUACCUCUCUUCAAACAAGAGUGGUGAAGACAGCUUCUACACAUUCGGCUACAUUGACACUUCCGUCACCAACGGCCAGUCCAUCAACUGGGCUCCUGUCGACAACUCUCAAGGCUUCUGGAGCGUUGCAUCCACAUCUGCCCAUGUCAACGGCAAGCAGAUCCACCGUCGCAGCAACACCGCCAUCAUGGACACUGGCACUACUCUGGCACUGGUUGACGACUCUUUCGCCAAGUCUAUCUACGAGGCCAUCCCUGGAGCCAAGUACGAUUCAAGCCAACAAGGUUGGAUCUUCCCUACCAACACUGCUGCUUCUGCUCUUCCUGUUGUCACCGUCGCCAUCGGCGAUCACCAGUUCACCAUCAACAAGGAUGCCAUUGGCUUUGCCGAUGCAGGAAACGGCAUGACCUACGGCGGCAUCCAGAGUCGUGGCAACAUGACCUUCGACAUCUUCGGUGAUGUUGUCCUCAGGGGAAUCUACGCUGUCUUCGAUCAGGGCAACCAGAGAUUCGGAGCUGUUCAGCGCUCUGAGACCUCUACUUCCACCUCCAGCUCC